AUGCCUCCUCCUAAUCCAGACUGGGUCAAGGCCCUCACUCCCUCGGGCCCCCAGGGCUCUGAGCUCAUCGCGCAAGAACGCGCUCAGUCCGACAUCAACGUCGAUCAACUCGCGACAUUCCUCUUCACAAAAGAAAUUCUUGAGCGCAAUGAUCGCAUUCUCAAGAUUCUUCAGGCAGACCCCGUGUUUGAUAAGUCGCAGAAUUACUUCCGCGGACGCACAGAUCGUCUCGAAGCUGCUCUUCAAAGGGCGAAGCACCUUAAGCGUCUUCGCGAUCAGCACCAGUGGAGCGAGGAGGAGUACCACGCGGCAAAUGAUCUCAUCAGCGAACCUACGCCCUACGGUCUUCACGCGUCAAUGUUCUUGAAGACGCUCGAGGAACAGGGCUCUCCCGUGCAACACAAACUUUUCCUUGAGAAGGCCAGAAAUUAUGAGAUUAUUGGCUGCUACGCGCAGACUGAGCUGGGUCACGGUUCUAAUGUUAGAGGUCUGGAGACCACUGCUACUUGGAACCCUGAGGAUAAGACAUUCACUCUUCACUCGCCUCACCUUACCGCGUCAAAGUGGUGGAUCGGUUCUCUCGGCAAGGCAGCCAACCAUGCUGUUGUCGUCGCCCAACUUAUCGUCAAUGGCAAGACCUACGGUCCUCACCCCUUCGUCGUGCCUAUUCGCGACAUGAAGACCCACGAGCCCCUCGAGAACAUCCAUGUGGGCGACAUCGGUCCCAAGUUCGGCUACAACACCAUGGACAACGGUUUCCUUCUUUUCAACCACGUCAAGAUUCCCCACGCCAACAUGCUGAACCGCUUCUCUGGCAUUGACCCCGAGACAUCCAAGUACAUCCGCCCCUCCAACCCAGCUCUCAUCUACGGAACUUUGACCUUUAUCCGAUCCUCCAUCGUCUUCCAGUCUGGCUCUGUUCUUGCUCGAGGUGUCACUAUCGCUACAAGAUACUGUGCUGUGCGACGCCAGUUCCAGGACCGAGAUGCCGAUGCUGGUGAGACGGGCGAGAACCAGGUUCUUAACUACACCAUGGUUCAGCACCGUCUUCUCCCUCUGCUUGCGUCUGCUUACGCUCUUCACUUCACUGGUCGUGCAAUGAUCAACCUUUACAACGCGAACCAGAAGCGCAUGGCUCAAAGCCGUGACGGCAAGGCCUCCAACCGCGCCCCUGGACCUGAGGAGCUUAACCCUGGCAGCGAUCACUUGGCUGAUCUGCACGCCAUCUCCUGCUCUCUCAAGGCUUUUGCCUCUACUACCGCUGCUGAGGGUCUUGAGGUCUGCCGUCGCGCUUGCGGUGGUCACGGUUACUCUGCCUUUUCUGGUAUUGGUAGCUGGUAUGCUGAUUAUCUUCCUACUGUUACAUGGGAAGGUGACAACUACAUGCUUACCCAGCAAGUUGCACGAUACCUCCUCAAGUCCGCCCGCGCCGUCCUGGCCGGUAAGGCUCCUAACAACGGCAUUUCCAAGAUCUUCAAGGAGUUUAUCCGAAGACAAGAUAUGGGCGCUGCCUUUGAUGUCCUCGGUGAUGACCAAGACCUUGUUGAUGCAUUCGCAUGGCGCGUAUCGUUCCUCACCUUUGAAGCUCUCAAGCACAGAGAUGAGGAGAAGCAAUCCUGGAACAGUCUAUUGAUCGACUUCUGGCGUCUGUCUACUGCCUACGCUCAAUACCAAGUCGUCAAGAACUUCCACGAAGCUCUCAAGGACGAAGCCACCAAAUCCUCCCUCGACCCCAACACCCUCGCUCUCCUCCACAAGCUCUUCGAGCUCUUCGCCCUACACCACCUCCAAAGCUCCGCCUCUGAGUUCUUCACUAGCGCCGCUACCACCGUGCGACAAAUCCAACUCGCGCGAACCAAGCGCACCCUCUCUCUUCUCGAGGAGGUCCGUCCCCACGCUGUUCGUCUCGUGGAUGCCUGGUCCUUCCCCGAUUGGCAGCUUGACAGUGCGUUGGGCCGAUAUGACGGAAAGGUGUAUGAGGAUCUGUUUAAGCGCGCGUCGGAGGAUAACCCUGUGAACGAUAUUGUGUUUGAUCCUUAUCCUGAGUCUGAUGUUUUGUUCCGAAAGAACAACAUCAAGGCUAAGUUGUAA